UCUCUCAUUAACAAAAACUUCUAAAAUCUCAACAAUUAAUCUUUUCUUUUCCUAUUGGUAAUUCUAACAAAACCUCAACUUCUAAAUGCAACAAUUGGUGCCUUCAUGGCUAGAGAAGCUGUUAUCAUCAGAAUUUUUCUCUGUGUGUCGGACACAUGGAGACGCCGCUAGAAGUGAAUGUAACAUGUACUGCAUUGAUUGCAACGACGAAGCAUUUUGUUUUUACUGUCGAUCUUCUAGACACAAAGAGCAUCAAGUCAUUCAGAUAAGGAGAUCAUCAUAUCACGACGUCGUGAGAGUUUCAGAGAUCGAAAAGGUGUUAGAUAUCGAAAAUGUUCAAACGUAUGUGAUCAACAGUGCAAAAGUUGUGUUUCUAAAUGAGAGAAGGCAACCUAAAUCAACAGGAAAGGGAGGUUCUCACUUUUGUGAAGUUUGUGCGAGGAGCCUUUUGGACGCUUUUCGUUUUUGCUCACUUGGGUGUAAGGUUAUUAGCCUAAUCUCCCACUCUCAAUUAUUUAUCAUUCAUAAUUAG